UCAACAUCUACUGCUGGAUUUCACCAGGAUCCCCCAGAUCAUCUUACACCGGAUAGACUGCCUACAGGACUAUGCUGGAAAACAAGACGAUUUAUCUGACCAGCAGCCCUGUGAACAGGAGAGGAAUUCCAGUUUGGACCACAAGGAACCAGAACCUCAGCAGAUAAAAGAAGAGCAGAAAGAACCAGAACAUCCCUGCACAAAAGAGGAAACCAUGGAGCUCCCCAUAAGUGAGCAUGGAGAGCAGCUUGUUCUGAAGCAGGAAACUGGAGAUACAGAAAAAAAAACAUUCCCAUGUUUGACAUGUCGAGAAAAUGUUUUGAAAAAAGAACAUUUAAUAGUUCAUGCAGUAGCUCACACUGGUCAGAAGAAUUAUGAAUGUCUGCCAUGUGGAAAAAGCUUUAUUAACAAAUCUAAUCUCAAUCAACACAUCAGAAUUCACACAGGACAGAACCCUUUCAAAUGUGGGUCCUGUGGAAAAGGUUUCUCUCAGAAAUCUAAACUUGAUUUACACAUCCAAAUUCACAAAGGUGAGAAGCCUUUCUCCUGUAUCAUUUGUUGCAAAAGUUUUACACGAAAAAGUAGUUUUAUUGACCACAUGAGAACUCACACAGGUGAAAAGCCUUUCGAAUGUCUGUCUUGUGGAAAAAGCUUCGCCUUUAAAUCUGACCUUAAGAAACACUUUAGAAUUCACACAGGCGAGAAGCCUUUCUCCUGUGCAACUUGUGGCAAAAGUUUUACUCAAAAAGGUAAUUUGACUUGUCAUAUGACAACUCACUCAAAUGAAAGACCUUUUUCUUGUAUGACAUGUGGGAAAAGCUUCAGUCAGAGAUGUAAUCUUGAUGUACACGUCAGAACUCACUCAAAUGAGAAACCUUUUAAAUGUCUGUCCUGUGGACAAAGUUUCAUCAAUAAAGUCACUCUUGAUAGACACAUCAGAAUUCACACAGGACAAAAACCUUUCAAAUGCCGGUCCUGUGGAAUAAGCUUCUCUCAGAAAUCGAACCUUGAUAGACACAUGCGAAUUCACAAAGGUGAGAAGCCUUUUUCCUGCACAAUUUGUAGCAAAAGGUUUACUGUGAAAAGUAGUAUGACUGACCACAUGAGAACUCACACAGGUGAGAAGCCUUUCAAAUGUCUGUCCUGUGGAAAAAGCUUUGCAUGUAAAUCUGAUCUUACUAAACACCUCAGAAUUCAUACAGAUGAGAAGCCUUUCUCCUGUACAGUUUGCGGCAAAAGUUUUACUAGAAAAGGUCAUUUGACUUGUCACAUGACGACUCACUCAGAUAAAAGACGUUUUUCUUGUGUGACCUGUGGAAAAAGGUUCAAGCAGAAACCUCAUCUUGAUAAACACGUCAGAGUUCACACCGGUGAGAAGCCGUUCUCCUGUACCAUUUUUGGCAAAGAUUUUACAAAAAAAAAAAAAACUUGACUAAACGCAUGACUACUCAUGUGAGAAACAUUUUUCAUUCAUGACACAUGAAAUUGAUUAUCUUAAAAAGAGAUAUUUAAUGCUUCAAGUCACAGGAAUGAACAUUAGAGACAUUUUCCAUGUACAGGCAUGGACUGGUAAUCGGGCAUACCAGGCAUCUGCCCGGUGGGCCGACGUGCUGUUUGGGCCGGCAGACCCGACAUGUAUAUUAAUAAUAUGUAUUAUUAUUAUUAUUAUUAUUCACUCUCCAUUGGAACUUUGUGCAGUGGUGUUCACAGUAGUAAUGGAUGAGAAACACAAGGGAGGCGCAGAGAAACUGCACGAAAAAAGAAACGAGUUCUUCAAACGGACACUGCAAAAUGUGUAAAACUGACUGACAUGUUCCCAACAGCGGGCCCUUCAUCUGCUCCGGUGUCUGAUGUUAAAUUUAAUGGUGGUGGUGGUUGCAGACAUCCCAAGUUUCCCGGAAGUUCCUGGAGUCUCCCUGAUAUCCAUAGUUGUUCAAGGAUGCCUGGAGUCAGAUAAAUUAUCCCGGAUUUUAGACUAUGGGAGGUGGUGUUUUUUUAAAUGCUAGUGGCAGCGAGCGGCAGUACAAUAAUUCAUGCAUCAUGUGCGGAUUAGAACUACUGUAAUUGCUGGUGAAACCUGUGCAGCGUAUCUGUCCAAAGCGAUGCUCUGAUCAACCAGCAUUCCAGGCGACUGGCUGAUCAGAGAGCUGAUUAGAUCAGUCAGAAAAUAAGCCAAUAAGUUUCAGUUUUCUUUUUUACAGUUACCUCAUCUUGCAGCAGAAUAUACUAAAGUGUAUUCAUGUCUAGUGAGGGUGAAGAAUGAUGGAAUGUGCAUGUAUGGGGCACGGUGCAGCCAGGGGCGUCAACUGACCCAGUACUAUACAGGGGCACAAUAGGGCACCAAUUAAAAUGCGAGCGCAUAGAGCACAUGAGCAAAAAAAAUUUUGGGCAUUAUUUAGUUUAUAAAAACAUGGGCACAGAUAAUUAAUGCAAGCAUGCAAGCAAAUAUUUUAUGGCACUUAUUUAUUAUUAUAAAGCAUCAUAAAUAAAUUGUACAAUAAGAGAAUUGGCCCUCAUGUGAACUUCACUGUAUAUCUCUAAUCCACUACUGAUGAAGGCACAAUUGAUUAUUAUUAUUUUUAUUAUCUCAACUCAUCUCCCUGAAAUGAGGUUUUUGAACUUCAGAUGUCUGCGGUUGUAGUGGAGGCGACGGCGAACCAAGCAGUGAACAUGAUGUCAGUGCGGCUGAGGAGAGACAUGGCGAGAAAGAUGAGAGCAGGAGGAAAUAGAUUCCUUUGCCCGUCCUGAUCCUUGUCUUUUACAAAACUUUUUGAAUCACCACCCACAACAAAGCACAAAAAAAUCCAGUUGUGCAAAAGGUAUUCACCACUAAAAAUGCACAAAACAGGAGGUGGCUCACAUAUUGUGAGAAACAUAAUGCUUUAUUUUGUUUUGUAUGUAUUGCAUUUGGAAAGACUAUUGACACAAGCUCAUUUAUUACUGGGAUGUCUGAUUGGAGGCAUGUGCACCAGCGCACAGAAGAGCAUGAGAAGAGUAGCGUAAAUUGUGUGGUUCACUGUGAUCUCUCUCUCUCUCUCUCUCUCUCUCUCUCUCUCUCUCUCUCUCUCUCUCUCUCUCUCUCUCUCUCUCUCUCUCUCUCUCUCUCUCUCUCUCUCUCUCUCUCUCUCUCUCUCUCUCUCUCUCUCUCUCUCUCUCUCUCAUCUAAGAAUUGUUGCUGUGCUGUGGUGGAGUUUACAUUUUACAGUGUUAUUAAAUUAAGAUUUUGGAAGUAUUUUAAGUGUCCACUCUCACUAAUUUCCAUUAACCUGGCCUCAAGUUAUUGCACAGUUGGUAUACACAUUCAGUAUACCAAAAAAAAUGUGGUGGCCAGUCUAGUCCAAAAUGCCAGUGCCGAUUUUUUUGUCCCUGUCCAUAUAUGAUUGGUGAUAAAAAUGUCCAUCUAGAAACUCCUUCACCUCCUUACAUGAGAAACUUGCAGGUUAAAGACCUUUUUUCUACUGUCUACAUUAUACAGUUGGAUAUUUUUUUAUCAUUUUAUUUUCUGUGGUGGAUGUUUGCCUUUAUUGUAAUUACUUCUAGAAAUUUAGAUGUUUUCAUGUUAGUUACAAAUAAUUACCUUCCAUGCUCUCUGUUAUUUUCAGACAUGUUUAUUGAUAAUGAUAAUGAUGACAAAUUGUUUAAUGGUAUUAAAAUGUUCAGA